AUGUGUGCGAAGGGCGACAUUGGACGGCCUCGAUCUGAACCUUCCAGUUGCAGGCGCUUCGCCUUACCACGUCCAGUACUCAGUCCGCCACAAGCCCUCCGCGGCGCCGAUUCCCAGGAGCACAAAGGACUUCGACGCUGCUCAGAACCCGGGCCACCCAUCGCCAUGGACACGUCCAAGGCUGGCGAGUACACGUACACCUUUUCGGCGCUGGCAGACGUUCUCUACGAUAGCGACAAGAACUUCACGCCUCUUGUGGUGCGCCAGCGCGUCAACGCCAAGCCCUCUGCAUCCUUUGUGAAACCUGGACAGUCGUUCAAGUACUGCCAGUCGGAGCAGGACAACGAGGACAAGAUUCCCAUUACGCUCACCGGCAUUGCGCCCUUUUACCUCGAGCUUGAGAUUAAGCACCACGGCGGAACGGUGCCCGAGGUGUACCGGAUCCCCAGCAUCAGCACCAACUCGUACUCGAUCCAGAUGCCGCGACAGCAUCUCCACCUCGGCGUGCAGCACGUGCGAAUCCGCGAAGUCCGCGACGCGCGCGGCUGCCUCCAGCGGUACGACCUCAACGCGCCUUCGGUGCAGGUCCACCUGUACGAUGCGCCGGCCAUCUAUCCCCUCGAGACGCGGGAAGACUUCUGCGUGGGCGAGCGCAUCGCCUACACCCUGUCCGGCACACCGCCGUUCGAGAUCUGGUACGACUUCCAAGGCCAGCAGCGCAAGGCCAAGUCACAGACGACCAGCUUCCGGCGCGUCGCCGAGACGCCGGGCGACUUCACCAUCACGUCCGUCUCGGACAAGGCCUCGGAGUGCCGGGCGUCGGUCGACAUCACCAAGACGAUCCACCCGCUCCCCGCCGUGCGGAUCAGCAAGGGCAAGCAGACGCGCGUCGACAUUCACCAGGGCAACGAGGUCGAGAUUCACUUUGACUUUUGGGGCACGCCGCCGUUUGAGUUUACGUACACGCGCAGCUCGAACCCGAAGCGGGGCCAGAAGGUCGAGGUGCUCGAGACGAAGCGCGGCGUCUCGUACGAGACGAGCACCGUGAUCCGUGCGAGCGAGGAGGGCACGUACGAGGUCGUUGCCAUCAAGGACAAGUUCUGCUCCUUCUCAACGCAGCAGGUCCAGGACGGCAAGGACCAGAAGCUGCUGAAGUACUAG